AUGAUAGUUACGCAUAAUAUGACACGUAGUAAUUAAUUAAGAAACUCUCCUAGUUUAUUUAAACGUGAAGAGUUUGGCAAUAACCAAGUAAAAGGAAAAAGCAACAUCGACACAAGUAAAUUUUAUCUCUAGAGAGAGUGAGAGAUGGCAGCAGUAGAAGCAUAUCCGAUGAAAGGAGGAGAUGGCACUUUCAGCUACAUCAAGAACUCCAGCUUUCAGAAAUUAGCUUCAAGUGUAGUACAAGGGCUAAUUUGCUCAGCAAUCACUGAGAAAUUUGAUCCCAUGAACAUCUUCUUGACCAUUACCGCCACAACACCAUCAGCAACCCCGACGACGAUCCGUUUAGCUGACCUUGGGUGCUCAGUAGGUCCAAAUACGUUCACUGCAAUGCAAAAUGUGAUAGACACAGUCACAACCAAAGCCAAAUCCUUGUCUUGCCAAAACCCGCAAUAUCAAGUCUUCUUCAAUGAUCAUGUAGGAAAUGAUUUCAACACCCUCUUUACCUCCAUUCCCUCUGAUCGUGCCUACUUCUCAGCUGGUGUGCCCGGUUCCUUCUAUGGCCGUCUCUUCCCUGACUCAUCGCUCCAUUUCAUCCACUCGUCGUAUUCUCUACAAUGGUUGUCUAAGGAGCCUAAGGAGUUGCUUAACAAGGAAUCUGAGGCGUGGAAUGGUGGGAGGAUCCAUUACACUGGUGCUCCGCGAGGUGUUGUGGAUGCUUAUGCUAGGCAGUUUUCUGAAGACAUGGGGUUGUUCUUGGGUGAAAGAGCGAAAGAGCUCGUUGUUGGUGGGAUGAUGGUGCUCAUCAUGCCUUGUAUUCCAGAUGAAAGUGUGGCUCAUUCUCAGGUUCCUACUGGGAUCAUGUUCGACCUUUUGGGUGCUUCCCUGGUGGAUAUGGCUCAAGCUGGAGUCAUAAGCCAAGAGCGAGUAGACUCCUUCAACUUGCCAAUCUACAGCGUUUCACCAAUGGAGAUGGAAUCCUUAGUAAAGAAGAACGGGCGAUUUAGCAUUGAGAAAAUGGAGUUAACUGAUCCAACUUCGGGAAGAAAGAAUAAUGAGGGUGGUUCUAAGACUUCGGGCGAUGGCAACGCAAUAGCGAAUCACCUGAGAGCUGGAAUGGAAGGAAUUUUGUCCAAACAUUUUGGUGUUGAGAAAAUGGAUGAACUGUUUAAAAGGUUCUCUAAGAAGACCAUUGAGUUUUCUGAUAAGUUCAAGUCAAGCCUUAAGCAAGGAACUCAGUUGUUCAUCGUCCUUGUCAAAAAGAAUUAAGCUCCUUUUAUAAUCAUUUCCUUCUAUUGUUUUUCAUAAAUUGCAGUUUAAUUUUUUUUUUUGGGCCACAAAUUUCAAGAAUUUAGAAGUCUGUCUCUUACUUGUUAUAAUGUUCCAUAUUAUUGGGCCGAAAUACCGAAAAAGAUAGGAAUUGAUUAAGCUAGUUGUGGUAAUUGUCUUCAAUAAGUCUAUUGUGCACCCUGGUCCACCUAGGAUAGCUGGACCCAGGCGAUUGUUCAGAUUUUAUUACCAAAUGUUCAAAAGUAUGGACGUGGUGCAGUGUUCGGAUUUUUUUUUACAAAAUGUUCAAAAUUUGCAAUUGUUCAGAUUUAUUUACGAAAUGUUUAAAAGUAUAGGCAUACAUUGAGAUUGUUCAGAUAUUUUUACUAAAUGUUCAAAAUUUGCGAGGUUCAGAUUUUUUUACUUAAUGUUCAAAUUUUGCAAUUGUCCAGAUUUUUUUUUACUAAAUGUUCAAAAGUGUAGGCGUGGUCAUUGUGAUUGUUCAAAUAUUUUUACUUAUUGUUCAAAUUUACGAUGUUCGGAAUUUUUUACUAAAUGUUCAAAAUUUGCAAUUGUACAGAUCUUUUUACAGAAUGUUCAAAAGUAUAUGUGUGGUACAUUACGAUUGUUCAGAUAUUUUC